AGCCCAGGGCUGCGGGACUACAAAACCCACCAGGCAGCGCAUCUGGCAGCCUCGCUGCUGCAAUCCGCACCUUCGCACGCCCGGGGCUGGGCAGCGCUGGACGGCGCCCGGCCGAAGAAGGAUGUUUUUUCCCGGGACUCCGCUGGAACAGUAGCGCGACCACUUCUGCCGAGGAGAGGGCUCUGCAACGCUAUUCUGAUGCAAUGGUGGGAUCUAUUGCUCAUCUGGUGGCAUCGCAACACUGCAAGAGCAGUUGUAGCCAUUGCAAUUAAGUUUGCGGGAUCUGGACAUGGGAGGAUCGAACAUGUGCAUGUAACUGUGCCAGCAAUUCGGCAUUUCUACUCAUUGCAUCUCUUGCUCGCGUGCCUCUUGCUAGCUCCCGGUCCUUAUUACAAAAUAGACUGGCGCUUAGCGUUAGUAUCUUUAAUCUUAUUUGGGGGACUACCUGAAAGAUCAUGCAUCGAUUUGUCUUGGUUGCCAAGAAAACUGCGGCAAGCCUGGGCUGCAAAGGGCCGGGGGUCUGCCCAAGCGGAAGGAAAGACAUGGCUUUGCGCUGUGCCGCUUCGCUGGCGGCGGGGCGGCAGCCGCGGUGUCCCCGGCUCCGGCGGUCGGCGCGGGAGGGGACCGUGCGCUGGAACAGCGCUGCCAAGGCCUCCGCCGUGAAAAUCAACGAGAAGGCGAGCAGGGAGAAAAUCCUGACGCUAGAGUCCAUGAACCCGCAAGUGAAGGCGGUGGAAUACGCGGUGCGAGGCCCCAUCGUCCUCAAAGCUGGCGAGAUCGAGAAUGAACUGCGGAAGGGAAUCAAAAAACCUUUUACUGAAGUAAUUAAAGCCAACAUUGGAGAUGCACAUGCAAUGGGACAGAGGCCAAUCACCUUUCUCCGUCAGGUAGUGGCACUGUGUACAUACCCAAACCUGUUGGACAGUCCAAGUUUUCCAGAAGAUGCCAAAAAACGAGCCAGACGGAUCUUGCAGGGUUGUGGAGGAAACAGUUUAGGAUCUUAUAGUGCCAGUCAAGGUAUAAAUUGCAUCCGUGAAGAUGUUGCUUCAUAUAUUGAAAGAAGAGAUGGUGGGGUUCCUGCAGAUCCAGAUAACAUAUAUCUUACUACUGGAGCAAGUGAUGGGAUUUCUACAAUCUUAAAGAUCCUUAUCUCAGGAGGUGGAAAAUCUCGAACAGGAGUGAUGAUCCCUAUACCACAGUAUCCCUUAUAUUCAGCAGUGAUAUCUGAACUAGAUGCUAUUCAGGUGAACUACUAUUUGGAUGAAGAAAACUGCUGGGCUCUAGAUGUGAAUGAACUUCGCCGUUCCUUGAAUGAAGCUAAGACUUAUUGCAAUCCGAAAGUCCUCUGCAUCAUCAACCCAGGAAAUCCUACAGGACAAGUGCAAAACAGAAAAUGCAUUGAGGAUGUGAUACACUUUGCCUGGGAAGAGAAACUUUUUCUUAUGGCUGAUGAGGUUUACCAGGACAAUGUGUACUCUGAAGGAUGCCAGUUUCAUUCUUUCAAAAAGAUUCUGUAUGAGAUGGGACCCGAGUACUAUAACAAUGUUGAGCUGGCCUCUUUUCACUCCACCUCUAAGGGAUACAUGGGCGAAUGUGGCUACAGAGGAGGUUACAUGGAGGUCAUUAAUUUGCACCCAGAAAUUAAAGGACAGCUCCUUAAGCUGCUUUCUGUUCGCAUUUGUCCUCCAGUUUCAGGACAGGCAGCAAUGGAUGUUGUAGUGAAUCCUCCAAUACCUGGAGAAGAAUCUUAUUCACAGUUCAUAAAGGAGAAGGAGUCUGUUUUGAAGAAUCUUGCAGAAAAAGCCAAACUAACAGAAGACAUGUUUAACAAGGUACCAGGAAUUCACUGCAAUCCACUUCAAGGAGCUAUGUAUGCUUUCCCACAGAUCUUUAUUCCUUCCAAAGCUAUUGAGGAAGCAAAGGCUCAUAAAAUGGCACCUGAUAUGCUGUAUUGCAUUAAACUUCUGGAAGAGACUGGAAUAUGUGUUGUACCUGGAAGUGGAUUUGGCCAAAAACAAGGAAGCUACCAUUUCAGAAUGACCAUUCUUCCUCCAGUAGAGAAGCUGAAGAUCUUACUGGAGAAAGUGAAAGACUUCCACAUAAAGUUUCUUGAAAAAUAUGCAUGAAACUACUGUGGCUUUUUGCCCUCAUCCCCACUCCCUCCAAGGCGAAUGUAGAAAGUGAACAAAAUGUGCUGAAAAUGUGCUGUUCAUCUAAUUCAACUGAACUCAAAAUAGACAGAACCAAUCUUGGAUACUACUACAACUUGUUGGACAUUAAUGUCUGGUACAGAAGACAUUGUUACAACAACUUUUUUUUUUUUGAAGGAGAGAAUGUGAAGAAAAUGGUGAGAAGAUAGUAAAUGAUUUUGUGCCUCAAUUGGAAGUUACAUUCAUGAACUUUUGACUCAAUAGGUUGGGGAAGGGAGUUGCUCAUUAAACUUGCUACUGUUGUGUGGGUCUUUUUACAAACCAGAAAUGCCAAGAGCAAUUGUUUAUCUAGGAAUAUGUUUCCCAUCUUAAAAUUCUACUAAACAAAUAUUCAAAAGCCUGCACUUUAGGUAUUGUUUGUUUUUUGUUGUUGUUGUUAAGUAUGGAGUGUCCUCCAAAUCUGAUUAAGCCUGUAGGUACAGCAUCCUUAUUUAAAAAAACAAAACACUUUUGCAGAUGUAUGCAGAUACUUUCGAACUUCUGUUUGUCCUGGUUUAGGCCCAUCUAGAAACAACGGACCCUGAUCAGCCAUUAGUGCCAAGGGCCUUUUGAAUCCCCUAAGGACAGGGAGGGCUCACUCAGACAAUACUAAUCAGCUUGGGGAAGAAAAUGAAACUUGAUUUAAACCGCCUCCAACUAAAACAUAAUAAACAAAAAUAUAAAACCCAAAGAGUAGGGUGAAUGAUGAAAAGUGCAACCAGCCCCUCUAAGAUCCCUUUCCACCCACCCUCCUCUCUUACCAGGCUCAGAACCUCCUCUCUCCUUGAGCAGCACAGGGAGCAGGGAAUGGGGGGUACAGUCAGUCCCUUCCUCAUGUCUCCUGCCGUUUGUCUCACUUCCAAGGAGGACUCUUCAGGGGUCCUCCCUGCUGCAGCUUGGGUCUGUCACAUGCCAGGCAGCAGUGCAUGGGCCACCCUCACAUGCAGUUGUCCCAAGGGCUGCAGCUCCACUCUGUUUCCUCUGGGUUGAAGUCCAAAACA